AUGAUGAGCAGUGGUCACAAGCACAAAAAGAAGAGGAAACAGUUGCAAACUGUUAAUCUCAAAGUCAGAAUGGACUGUGAUGGCUGUGAGCUUAAAGUCAAGAAUGCUUUGUCUUCUUUAACUGGGGUGAAAUCUGUGGAGAUAAACCGAAAACAACAAAAAGUGACGGUCACGGGAUUUGUGGAGCAAAGCAAGGUAUUGAAGAAGGCAAAAUCAACGGGUAAAAAGGCCGAAAUAUGGCCUUACGUGCCUUACAACUUGGUGGCUCAGCCGUAUGCGCCUCAGGUGUACGACAAGAAGGCGCCACCUGGCUUUGUUCGGAAAAUCGACAGCUCGUCAGCGCAACAUACUGCCACCGGACUCACCAAAAUCGAGGACCCGUAUGUCGAGAUGUUCAGCGAUGACAAUCCGAAUGCAUGCUCGAUCAUGUAA